AUGGUUCUCCAAAACGACAUUGAUCUAUUGAAUCCACCUGCGGAACUCGAGAAGAGGAAGCACAAACUCAAGCGACUCGUUCAAUCUCCUAAUUCCUUCUUUAUGGAUGUCAAAUGCCAAGGCUGCUUCAACAUAACUACUGUGUUUAGUCACUCUCAAACAGUAGUGGUUUGCGGCAACUGCCAAACAGUUUUGUGCCAGCCAACAGGUGGCAAAGCAAGACUCACGGAGGGGUGCUCCUUCAGGAAGAAGGGAGAUUAG